UCACUUGUCACGUCUCUUCAAAAGAGGACACAAAAGAGAAUAAAAGAAGAUCUUAUUUUGGCUAAUAAUCAAUUUUGGAUAAUUCAAAAGUUAAAAAUUUGCGUGAAUUGGGCAAAUUCCGCAGAGAUUGCUUUGACUGCUAUUGUUUCAUUGCCUAGUACCAUCGUCUACAGCUAAAGAGUAUUAAAAAUGAUACGAUUUAUCUUGAUUCAGAACCGUGCGGGGAAAACCCGUCUGGCUAAGUGGUACAUGAACUUUGAUGACGACGAGAAGCAGAAACUGAUUGAGGAAGUGCAUGCCGUCGUGACGGUUCGAGAUGCUAAACACACCAACUUCGUUGAGUUCCGCAAUUUCAAAAUCGUUUAUCGGAGAUACGCCGGAUUGUACUUUUGCAUCUGUGUAGACGUAAAUGAUAAUAAUUUAUGCUAUCUGGAGGCAAUUCACAAUUUCGUGGAAGUGCUGAACGAGUACUUCCACAAUGUGUGCGAGUUGGAUCUGGUGUUUAAUUUCUACAAAGUGUACACCGUCGUAGACGAGAUGUUUUUGGCCGGAGAAAUACGAGAGACGUCACAGACCAAGGUGCUCAAACAGCUGCUUACAUUAAACUCACUUGAGUAGGAUGCAGUUCGUCAGGGCAGUGCCCCCCGAAUAAUUUUCUUCACUGAUCUGUUCACCGGAGAACGGACCAGCACUUUAUAUAAGCGACCAAUUUAUUUCCAUAUUAUGCAAUAUUAGUAACGUAAAUGUCAUUAAGAAAUCACUACGAGGAUGCAUCAGAGGCAAGUAAGCAGAUUUGAUAAAAUUUCGUUCUCAAAAACUGUACUUUACAGGAGAAAUCUUUUACAUUCGUUUAGGUAAGGCCAACCGAUACCAGUUUCAAUGCGAAUCUCACCUUCAAAUCCUACUCUCAUUAUAUGAGUAAGAAUAUAGUAAACUGCCUUUUUAAAGUAUCAGUCAGUAGACCUUGCUUUGGGACAGAAAAUGUUCAGUUCUUUAGCUAUCACCCAGGAAUUUUUCAGUUCGGUGGUACUGCAUUAUUGAUGAUAAGAGAUUGGAAUAGAACAAACUUGCUAAUAUAAUACUAAUAAACUUUGCAUUCCUCGUUAUGAAAAUAAUAAAGGUAUUUAGGAAAUCGAUCGUACUGAUAUCGUUACAUCUUAAGAAUAUUUGCUUUGCAUAACUGAGUAAUCAGAUUCUGAUAUAGUAUUGUUCAUAUAAAAAUCAGUGAAUCGGUUUGUUGUAUUCAAAGAGCAUAACAUAACAGCAACAAAUUCAAAACUUACUAUUGUACAGAGAAUUUACUACAGGAAAAUUUUCGCCCGAUGUGUUUAAAUAAACGUGUUUGAAGACGCCAUUAUUAUAAUACUUUGAAAAUAAAACAACGUUGAUUAGUAAGGCGAUUGUUUAAAUAGGUGGUAAUUCAUAUGAAAAUAUCGUUGUUACGCAUAACCCCUCGUAAAAAUUACUAUGAUAAUUGUGUAAAAAUCUAGUACAUAAUAAAUGUAUGAAACAAGAAAA